AUGCCAGUCCUGAAACCCACGUGCGGAGAGCGCCAGCUCCACAGCCGGAGAGGCCACAGCGAUGAGAAGCUUGUGCAGCAUAGCCAGAGGGUGGUUCCGGCUCUUCACCACUCAGCGACGGAGACCCAGCGCAGCCGGGUACCUACAGACAUAAACAGAUA